AUGAAACUUCAAAUGAAAUUUUCUUAUCGAAAGAGUUGGGAACAUACUGUUAAAGAAUAUUCAAAUCUAAUUCGUCAUAUCGUAACACGUCCACUUCAUGCUGUUAGUAAUACAUUAUCACUUAAUGAAGCUGAACAAUUGAUUCGAAAACUUACACGUCCUAUUGCCGAAACAGCUAAACUUAUUCAAGAAAAUCUUCAACUUGCUAAACAACAUAAAGAAAAUGUUUUAAAAAACCCUAAAUUAGCUUCUCAAGGUUUACCACAACAUGAUGUUGAAAUUCGACAUUUAGAUAAUCCAAGAACAGUAUGUACGAACGAUAAAUGUUGUCAAACUAUUAUUGUUAAUAAUGAAACCAAAAUUGAAUAUAAAUCAAAAUGUCAUGAAAUAUGUUAUUUAAAAGGUGUUGUACAAGAAACUAUAAAUGAUCCAAGAAUGUUAGAUUGUGAAGUUAUCAAUUAUGAAACAGGUUAG